AUGGAUGAAUACGUAUUGAAACAUUUCGAUUGGAGUACCUACUUCAAUACGGCCCGCAGCCGGUUCCUAGAAGGUCGUGAAGGAGUUUUGCAGAGUUUCGGAUUCCAUAACAUAGUAGUUGCAGCAGUCAUAUCGGCACUAACCUACUGGACUAUUAGAUUAUGGAUUGAAUUCCACUCGAUACAUCAUGUACAAGAGCAGAUGCAACAAAGGCCUAAGAUUCUGCAUCUUAAAGAUAUGGCAGAAUUUGCUAAUGAUCUCUUGGCACUUACAAAAGAACAUUUCAAUGCCAUUGUUAAAUUGAGACAUAAUCUGGUACCGUUACCGGUGCCCAGGGUAAGAAUGCCCAACUCACUCAUCGCAAGAACCUUAAAAAUAGAGCUAGAUGAUGAUGAAGAAACGAAUUUUCAAACAGGGUAUCCAGCGUCACAAAGUGCUGUGUUGACGACAUGCCUGGAUAAACUACACGUAUCAUUCAAGAUGGACUGCAGCCGGACUACGUUUGUCAGCGCACAUUGGGGCGUACCUUUGGAAAUAAUUCAAAAAAUAUGCGUAGAAAGCAAAUGCGCACAGGAAGAAGUACAGGAGGAACAGUUUAGUAUUGCCAAAUUUCUUAAAAAGUUCUGCUAUAUAGAACAAGAAGAUAGGUACCAGAGACUACUAGAUAUGGAUGAAUCUACCAUUCUGGAUACGCCAAAUGGCACCGACGAACGUUUUGGCAGGUUCAAUGUACUGGCAUACACCGACAAAAUCUGUACAAGCGAAGCGGUAUGUUUCGAUGCCGGAAAGGGGAUACGCUGCAAAGUCACGCCCCCAGUAAAAACUGUAGAGGUGGAAGGGGUACCACGGUCAAUUUGGGAGGUGCUACUCAGCAGGGUAUACGAUGACCGAGAAAUAAUACCACUGGUCAUUCUAUUGUACUCACCUCGUGCGCAUGAGACAAGAAUAUUCAGCGAGGGGAAUGUAGAGUCAUACCAAGGUCUUGCUGAAAUGACGUUGGUCAGUUUUACCGGAAGGCUGCGCCUCAGGGAACAAUUAACGCCCACUAUAACGAACCCAACUGCAAUUGUUAUAGAUGUCACCAAACAGAUAUGCUUCUCAAACGAUCUUGGAAGACCACAAGAAACAAGAGACAUGUUUGGAAUGGGCGAUGAAACAGAUAAUGACUGCCUAAUAUGCCUAUCCAACAGAAUGGAUACAGUACUACUGCCAUGCGGGCAUGCGUCAUUCUGCUUCAACUGCUUGCAGUCAUUACGCACUGAAAAGUGCCCAGUAUGCAGGGGAACAUUCGCAUCAUACAUUAGAUUCCCGUUACGAAACACCUCUAUUGGCUAA